AAGCCACGCAUGCGUAUGAUCAAUGGCGGGGUGGCAGGAACUUGUCAGAUGAAUUUGUAAACACAACAAAAAACCAGGACAGCACAGAUCAAAAUGGAUGAACUAGACAGACAACAAGAUGAAGAAAGAAGAACAUCGAAAAUGAAAACUUCUACCAGAGCCCUAACACAGAAUGAUAAUAAAGUGAUAGGUCUAAAUACCAACAGGAAAAGAGAGCUGGUGAAGGAAAAUGAGAAAUAUGAUACAUUAAAAAUGAGAACAUACAAUAGUACAUGGACUCCUGUAGUUCACAAACCAUCAAAUCAACAGAUAUUCAAUGAAAGGAGAGAUCUUGUUUCUCAUUGGUUUGACCUGUGGACAGACACCCAGAGAAAAAGAUUUUUUGACAUGGUGUUUCAGCAAUGUAGAAGGUCACAGUACAGGUUUAUUCAAGACUGGUUCCAAGAGAAAGUCCCCCUACAACAUCUAGACUUCACUACCGUACUUCCAGCAUUCCUGUCUUUGUAUAUAUUUUCUUACCUAGAGCCUAAGAGUUUGUGUAGAGCAGCACAGGCUUGUUGGCAUUGGAAAUUCCUUACUGAACAGGAUGUGAUAUGGCAGCCAAAAUGUAUGAAGCUUGGUUGGUUUCUCAGGUAUAAGCCACCAGAUUGGGAAUUUGGGGCAUGGAAAAGACAUUUUGGUGGAUGUGUAAAGACAUUUGAUUAUUCUACAGGCUCUGACAAGGACAUUGAUGCAAGAUAUGGAUUAAGAACUGUAGAGAUGAACUUUGACAAACAGUUCACAAAGGUCAAAAGAAGCAAAUCAGGAAGGCUAUCUCCAAACUCUAGUCGACGAAACAUGGAUGUAAGACCUCCAUGGCAAGGAACUUCAAUGAAACCACAUGACCUUGAAAAGUCAUUCUAUGCUUUUCUUAAUGGAGUAAAUGCAAAUGAUCCAAAACUGCCUAAAUCUGCAUUGGUGCUACACAACAAAUGGGGGAUCCCAAGGAAACGACAUGAAGAUGCUGUGACUCAGUCUCUAAAUUUUGAACCAGGCCUGCAGUCAGUGACCAGAAGAGAUGGACACAGGGCUUUGACAGCUGGUGAUGAACUUGAUCUAAAACAUACAUCACAGAGACGAGGAUUAUCUGAAGUUAUGGACUUGGAAAAUAUGCAAGAGAAACGAAAGAAAGAACUAGUUUUUACAGGCUGGAAACCUCCAGAGAAAGUUUAUACCAAACAAGACAGGACAGGUGGAGUCUUGGAUACAAUGAAUGCCAUGACAUUAUACAAAGGACUUAUGGUCACACAACAUACAAUGGGUGUGGCUGGGGAUUUAGCAGUAACUGAUGCCCCUAGAGUGGUUUUUAUAUCAUCCAGAGUUCCUGCUGCCGAUUUAAUAGUGGAUGCUGUCCUGUUUGGAGUGAUACCUAUAGUAUAUGAGUAUGAGGGAACUACAGCACAGACUUUGAUGUUCAAACUACAGAAAGAAUUAGAUGGAAGAAGAGCAAAGAGUAUAGGAAUAUUUACUCAUUAUGAACAACCAGGAGAUAUAAGAUUAGUGGAGAAUUGUACUGUCAGUGCUGAGACCUUUGACCUUGCCAUUGUAAGAGAGUUCUUUGAAGAUGUUGCCAGUCACAUUGUUGAUGAAAGUGAUGGAGGACAGUUCCAUAUAUUCAGUCCAAUGGCUGCUUCUGAACCAGGUUUAGAUCUGCUGAUUCAGCUGACGAGAUUGACUGGUGUAUUUUUCUCCAGUCCUACUGGUAUAAUUGGACAGUAUAAUCAUAUUGACACAGAGUGGCUUUUGCCAUAUGCAGAUGGUUCUCCAACAACAGCAUAUUUCUGUCAAAGUAAACUUGACGUGUGGGCGAACACUGCUGGACAAGCCAAGGAAGCUCUGAGGACCUGUAAAGAACUACUGACACCAUUCUUUGAUAGGACACACAAGGACAUAGUGUCACAGCUUACUGGUCAGAUAGUAUUUGAUGUAAUGGGGCAGACCAGAAUCCAUGGUAACAAAGAGAUUACCAAGACAUUAUCAGAAGGUCUUCUAGAGUUAGGAGAAAAUGAUUCUGUGAACCCAUUAGAAUUUUUAGGAAAGUUUCUGCUAAAUAAAGCUGGAGUGGAAGACUUGACAUUCACUUCAACACAACAAAGGGUGUCACAUGAUGAUUAUGAUGAAUCAGAAGAGGAGGAUGAAGAAGAUAGAGGCCCCACCCCUGAUGAGGAGGUGGAGAAAAUUAAUGGUCAUGCUGAGAAGGAACACAAAGAUGAUGAAGAUUACAGAGAUACUGUUGAGGAAGGGGAGACCAUGAAACCACGUAGGAAUGAAUACAAAGAUGACAAGGAUUUCAGAGAUUCUAUUGUGGAGGGAGAGACCAUGAGACCACCCGAUUCUCCAGUAUCUGAAAAGGCACAAACAGAAAGAAGUGAGAAAGAUGUUCAAAGAAGACAGAGGAGAGAAAAGAAAAAGAAGAUGAUAAGACAAACAGAAAAUCUGAGAGUUACAUUUGGUAGCAUGACAAUUGCACCUGGCAGAUAUCAACGACUGACAUCAGAGAAGUACAGUGAACAACCAGAAAAGAGAACACCUAUAGCUUUGGAGAUAACCUCCAGUGAAGUAGAGUACUACAGAAUAUUGAAGGGUAUUAAACAUAUCUAUGUCAGACCUCUCAAAACUUCACUCAACUCUAACAGAGCUAUUGCCAGUUACCAGAAUGUACAGAUAAUUUUCACAGACUUAAUGAUGAUUUGUGAUAUUAGCAAAGAACUAGUGGAAAAUUUGAAGAACCGUACAGGUGAUUGGGAUCCAAUGAAUUCCUGUCUAGGAGACAUCUUUGUCAAAUUUUGUACUCAUUUAAAACUAUAUACAAACUUUGUCAACAACUACGAUGUGAUUUUACAGUGCAUAGAGAGAACCAAAGAAACCAUGCCAUCAUUUAGAGCUUUCCUUAAACAUAAUGAACGUAUCCCUGAACUCAAAAUGAUGACACUUCAAGAAUUGCUGCUGUUACCAGGGAGACGUAUACAGGAGUAUGUGACUUUGUUAAGCUGGUUUGAAUGUCAUACACCUAAGGGUCACCAGGAUAGGGCUGAUCUUGCCAAUUCUAUACAGUAUCUCAAAACUCUCAACAAACAUAUACAAGAGAGUAAAACUAGAUUAGAAAGAGAUAGGAGAAUGAUACAGUUACAGAGAUCUAUACUCAAUACACCAAGUUUACUGGAGUCAAAUCGUUAUUUGUUGAAACAGUUAGAUGCAGCACACUAUAAGCCUCCUGUUAAGUCGCCAGUUCCAGAACUUAAAGCCUUCCAACACCAGGAGAUGUUGGGUCUGUUCCUGUUCAAUGAUGCCUUGGUCAUCACACGAAGAACCGAUCGCCAUUACCCAUUCAGCCGAGCAAUUGAACAUACAUACAGAUUUGAAGUCAGUCUGUCCCUCAAUAGGAUAAAAAUAUCUGAGAUACCAGACAGUAAAUACAUACAGAAUGGUUUUCUAUUGGAAACUGCCAAGAGAGAAUGGUACUGUUCAGCAGAAACAGAUGAGGAGAGAUACAAUUGGAUACAGUUGGUACAGCAAACAAUCCGAACAGCUAUUUAAUAGGAUCGCAGUAACUAAGCACAGAAUAUAUCAAUAGGAGAAAAUCAUUUAGAUAGGUUGUGUAUUGGAACUUGAUUAAAUUUGAAUUUGUUAAUUAAUAAUGGCAUUGUUAGUAUAUGAUAUAGUAAUUGAUUUUAUCUAAUGGUUAAUUGGAUGGUGUAAUUUUGAAUCUAAAGAGUUGGAUGAGCACACUGCCAGAAAUUCUGAAUGGCGAUUUUAAGUAGAAUAUGAGAAAAACAAUGUGACAUAUCUAUAUUAAACUGUAAAUGUAUCUCCAACCACAUAUGAAAAUGUUAUUACAUGUUAGGGGAAUUUUAAGUUACCAAAACUUCCAAGAAAUAAUGUAGAUAGAAAUUUUAAAAGACUUUCAAGAGUUAAAAUCAAUUAGUUAAUUAAAUUCAUACAUAAAACAAACUAAUGAAUUAUGAGGUUAUGUAAAUUACAAUUUAUUUUUGGUGAUAGUUAAAUUGUUUUGUGCUAAAAUUGCCAUAAAGCUUGUUAUUAGCUCCUAAGUCAAUUUCAGCAUUUGAUAGAGAACUUCCAAUAAAAAUAGAUGAAUUGUCCACCAACGCAUGGUUUCUUAAGAAACUGUUAUUGAAUAAUGGAAGGGAAUUGUUUUGAUAGAAAGGCAUAUAGAUUUUAUAAUCAAAUUUUUAGCAUACAGUAGAUAUAUAGCUUGUAUUAAUUGAUAAAUAGUAAGCAAGAGUUUGACUAUAUUUCUAUACAAUUUUUAGAUAAUUAGAUUUUGAUAUGAUAUUUAUCAAAGCUUUUUGUGAUAAAUAAAUGCGGAAAAUUAUUUGUUACGUCAAUAGGGGUCAAGGUUGUGAUUGUAUUUGAGGCCUCUGUUUAAUUUUGUAGAUAAGCUGUUGAAGUAGAAACUAGAUAUACUACCCAGUUUUUAUUAUUCCAUUUUAAUUAUUCAGAGGGUAUGAAUAAAAGGAGAUAUAUAUGAUAUGUCAAACAUUGGAACACAAUUAAAAUUUUAAAGUUUUAAUGGUACCACUAGUACAUAUUAUUGUAAUUGGUUUUUAAAUGAUUAAUUGAAAGAUGAAAUUUGAUUUUAAAGGACUCAUAUAACUUGGUGUUAUAACAACCUCAUUAUUUAAACAUUCUCUUCAAUUUUUUUCGGAAAGGGCUUUAAGAGAAGAACCAAAGAGAUUGACGUCAUUAAUUGAAUUAAUUGCGUAGCAAGGUUUUGAAUUUAACUCCCCUUGAAUUUAAUGUGUUUGAAUUGCAUUGAAUAUGUUUUUGAACCUCCUUUUUCCUCAUACAAGUCUCUUCAAUACAAUAUGCUUUAUUUGAAUGCCCGGCUGCGAAUUUGAAUGAUGUAAAAAUUAAGUGGUACAUGUAUUGUUGAUUUGUGUCAUGUCAUUUCAUAAGAUAUGGCGGCAAAUUAAAAAAGAAAAGAAGAAAAGACCUUAUCUUGAUUUCAUUAAAAACCUUUUAGUUUGAAAUGUAAAUUAUGAAAUCAUAGAUUCUAGUGAUAUACUUUUAAAAGACAUUUUUGUAAGUGAUGAGUAUAUGUAACCUUCUAAGCUAUGAGUCUAAGAAUGCUUAUCAGGUUUUAAAAAUUAAUUGAACAAAGACUCUUGUGAUAGGUUAAAGAGCUUAAAGCAUAAUGAAAAUAUGUUGUGUAAGUAUUUAAUGAUUCUAUUUUUUUUUUGUUAAGAGUUAUUUGUUGGUACAUAUAUAUACAGUAAUUUCUGUGAUAAUCAUAUAAGAAAAUCAUGUUUUGGGUAUUUUAUUCAAUUUUGUAGUUUAAAUCAGUAAUUUAUUUGUUAAGUUUUACUUUUUCUCUUCUGAGUGCUUUCAUCCUGUUUUCUGUCAUAAUAUGAUUGUUUCUUAAUGAAAAUGCUAGCAUAAUCAUUUUGUAAUGUUCUGUUUACAUGCUAGCAUAAUUUGGAUGUGCUUGAAUGAUCCAUGCAAUCAUUGUGUAUUGUAUCAUAUUUUGUUGGAUAUAUUUUUUCUUUGUUUAUUUUGUAUCUUUUAUCUUUGUUAAACUAAACUUUAUUUUUUGGUCAAAUUAUCAUACGCAUUUUUAGAUAACAGAAUGAAUCAUUUUUAACUUCAAAACUGAUAUUCACAGUACUUAGGCCCUGUAACAAAACAAAUUGUGUUGAGGGUUUUGUUAAUUUUGAUAAAUAGAGCAGGUAUGUAGAAUAUUUUUGUUAUUUUUAAGGUACAUGCAAUGGUGCUUCCAGUUUAAAAAUAGAAGUAUCAAAUUUGUUUCAGAAUGUACAUUUUUUACAAGUUUUUUUCCAUUAAAUCACAAUUUCACAUUACCACAUACAUGAUAUGUACAUGGAAAAAAUGUCUGUGUAGCAUUUUAUUUUUAAUUCUGUUUUAAAGAUCAACUGUUUUGCAUGUAAGCCCGUGGAGCUGUCAAUUACAAGACUGCAACCUUUAGUAAUUGUUCUGAAUAUGAAGAAACAUUUGCCACUUGACAUUGAGCAACAAAUAAUCAAUCAAUCUAAUCAUAUCAAUAUUUUUCUCUGUGACAUUCUUUGAUUCAUUUUUUUUUGUGUGUUUUGGCAGGUAAAAUAGAACGUCAAUUUUAUAGGGAAAAAAGCAAGGUUUUUCUAUUAAGAUGUGUUUCUACAAAAACUGCUUCUUUUUACUUUUAUGUGAAAUUGUGCCAUAAAAAAAGAAGACUGAUUAAAUUUUAUCCCCUUAUCAAUUAAGGAAAAGACAUUACCAGAAAAAUAAUGUCCACAAUUUCUACAAAAUCUAGAUGUUAAUAGAUUGAUUCCUGAUUUGCUUUUAAUCAUAAAAUGUUUCAGCUCUCAUUACAAUCGGCCAUGGAUAAUCAAUGCUCUUAUUGUUUAUUUACUGUAUUUGGAAGUAAAUGUUACAUUAAUUAAAUUGUACUUGGCAAUCAGUGGCUAAAGAUUCUGGCCUACAUGGGCUUUAUUUGGUACUAUAUGGUUUAUUGAUUUGCUAGUUUCUGAUCCCUUGUCAAAUCUGAUUAAGCUAGAUCUUGCAUGUAAUUGAAAAUUCAGAAUUUUAUAUGAAAACAUUGGAAGGCAGACAUUUUUAUUUGGCAGGAGUGAAUUAGAGUGACUUUGUUAUGUUGGUGUUUAGUAUCUAGUUAGAUUAGCCUGUAUAACUGUAUAAUGUUAGUCAUACACAUUAUUAUUUAUUUUUAGUUUGUUUCAAUAUUUGUUUUAUAUUUUUUAUUAGGCUUCAUGAAUGUUUAAUUAUGGUCUUAGAUUACAUUUCAUUCUGUUCUGUUACUCUGUUGAUAUUUUGAGCUAAAAGCAUAAGUUUCAUCCAUAGGCACUUGUUUCAUACAAUGGUAUAGCCCUCCUUCUUUCCGUUAAUGGGGGUCCCCAUUUUAGAGGCUUGAAAAUUGACUUCUUUGAGCCAAGGAUGGUGUUUUAGGCUAUUACGGUUUUUCUUCUACAAGUCAGCUCAUGUGAUUUUUUUGUAAUACAUGUAGUAAAAUGAAAAUAGUUAAAUUGUAAUAAAAUUAACUUGCACCUCUAUCCCUGAAAUGUUGUUAACCCAGUUAUUGUUAUUUUGUAUAAUGUUAUUUUUCAAUACUGGACAAUUUAGUGUUAAAAGUUUUUAGGAAGAGGUCUGCUGAGUCUUUGCCUUAGGUUUAGUUUUCGUAAAUUCACAGGUUGGAUUCAGUCUGUCCUUUAUCUAUUUAUCUGCUUGUUGUUUGUUUGUGCCAUCAAGUCGUACACAUUGAUUCCGGUGUUAUAAAUCAUUACUUGUUAAAUUAUUUAUCUGAAUGUUAUUUUGGUACUGGUUUGUUAGAUCCUAUCUGUUAAAUUAGUUUGAAUAAUAAGAAAAGUUUGGAUACAUUUCUUUGCGCUAUCUUGUGUAAUUUAAUUUCUUUCUCACUCUGAAUCGAUAUUUCUGUCAGAAACGGAAUGUCAAAACAGUGCUGCAAGUAAUAAAUUAUACAAGUGCAUUUUGCUUUAUAUUUAAUUUUCUUAUAUAGGAUCUCUUUUAUCCUCAUCAAAUUCCAUUUUUUAAUGGCUUGUAAAAAAGUUGUUUUAUUGUGCUACUCAAGACUGCCUUAUGAUUUCAACCAGGGAUUUUUUUUUUUAAGUUUGAACAUAUUUUUUCAAAACUAUAAGAACCAUUAGAUUUUCUUUUAAAAAAAAACAGAAUUUAUCUUUGUUACUUUAUGGAUGAAUUUUCAUGCAGACACCUUUACCGGUCAGUGGAGUAUCUUUAGUGUAUCUGUCCAUGGUAGGAUAUUGAAGGUAUUUCAACUAUUUUUUUUAUCUAUGUAUUUUGGAGUUUUUUAGUAUUUAAAAUUGGAUUAAUGUCUGUAUAAUGAUGUAAAAGCUUCAUAUGCAAGUGGUCUUAAUGAAUAGGUAUUACUAUUGUGCCUUUUUUUGUGGCUGUAAACUUGCAAAUUCCUAUUGUCUAAAUCUGUAUUCAGUGGACACUUUAAAGUAGAUUUGAAUGUUUUACCAGAUAAUGUAAAUCUCUCUCCUGUCCUUGAUAUGUCAAAUAGAAGGUUCAAAUCAGUACUUAUAGAUUUUCUCUCCACUUAGAAUUUGGCUACUGUGUUAUAUUUUUGGAAACAUAUACUUAACAAUUUAAACAGUGCAAAUACAUUUAUUUAUUUAACUGGAUUAAAUGAAUAUAUUUUGACAAAGGCAUUUGAAAAAAUGAAAGAUUUGGAUGCCCCCAGCAGGUUAAACUUGAUAAAUGAAUCCAAUUUACUAUUCAGCUUUCUGAAGUUUAAGUAUUUUUUUCAUAAAUUUUUAUUUAUUCCUUUGUCUGCAUUUUCAGAUUUAGUUUAGAUUAUUUAUAUUUAGGUAGAUCUGCACAAAACAAUUUUAUUUUAUUUUUUUUCCUGAUAUUUACUAAAGCAGUAGUUUUUAAUAAGAAUUUUUAUAUUGUGCACUAAAAACUGUGAUAAUUUUAACAAUUUUAUUUUAUUGUGGAGAAUUUUUUUAUUAUUUUGUUUAGAAUCAGUAUUUUAUACACCAUAUAUAUUGUUAGUGAAUAAAAAUGUGCUAUCACCCAUUCGUACUUGUUCUUU